AUGGCGAAUCCAUAUCAUGAAGUCGAUAAUCCCACUGGUAUUGUCAAUAUUGGGGUUGCAGAAAACACUUUGAUGCACGCCGAUCUUGUGGAAAGGUUUAACAAAUGCUUCAACAUCACAAGCUUCGCAUUAACUUAUGGGGCGGGCUUUGGUGGGUCACCGCAGCUGAAGGAGGCUCUUGCCACAAUGUACAACGAACGCUUUCAUCCGAUAGCGCCAAUUAAAAAGGAGCACAUCCUUCUUAUGUCGGGCGCCAGUGCCAUUAUAGACGCUCUUGCGUACAAUACAUGCGAGGAAGGUGACGGCGUUCUGGUGGGUCAGCCACUGUACGGCGGCUUCUUCUUCGACCUACAGAAUCGCUCCCGGACAAAGUUAUUGCCUGUUCCUCUUCAUGGCGCAGAUCCUUUCGGUACGGCUGCUGUAGCUCAGUAUGAGGCUGCUAUUUUAGAUGCUCGGAAGCAAGGUAUCAAAGUACGUGUAUUACUGCUUUGCAACCCACACAAUCCUUUAGGACAAUGCUACACGCGUGAAGCGCUGAAGGGAUACAUGAAACUCUGCCAACAAUACGACCUGCACCUUAUAAGUGACGAAAUCUACGCACUUUCGGUGUUUCCAACCAAAGAAAAUCCGAACAUGACCCCGUUCACCUCCGUGCUCUCCAUUGAUCCUAAAGGUCUCAUCUCCCCAUGUCGAAUGCAUGCCGUACAUGGAAUGAGCAAAGAUUUCGGUGCGAAUGGAUUGAGAGCUGGUGCUCUGAUUACGCAGCAUAAUGAGACUCUGCUGAAGUCAUGCACGAUGAUAUCCAUGUUUCCUGGCAUCUCAUCUGCCGCUGAUCUGCUGUGGCGGUCAGUUCUCGAAGAUAAAGAGUACCUCAACUCCUUCAUUGAAGCAAACAAAGAAAGAUUGGCGGCCAGCUACGAAAAAUGCGCGAAAUUCUUAAGACAAACCGGUAUCCCUUACAAACCCUCCAAUGCGGGUCACUUCGUCUGGGUGGAUCUGAGAAGGUUCAUGCCAACUGCAAAUAAUUCUCUGGAAGCCGAGCGAAAAUUGACUGACAAAUUACUUAAUACGGGCGUGUAUAUGGCAACCGGCGAAAGCUUCUACACGGAGGAGUAUGGCUGGUACAGAGUAACCUUUUCCGUGGACGAGAAGACGAUGAUGUUGGGCCUCAAGCGCUUGGCACAAGCAUUGAGCGGUGAGGAGCAUGGCGAUCAUGACGAAACUAUACCCAACAGCCUGGGUGUACAGAAGGGCGAGGUGAGCCUGGCGACCAAGAACUGA